AUGAUCAGAGCACGUUUUCCGGACAACAUUCGACCCGAACAUUUAACCUAUCUCCUGGUGCUGUCUGGUGCAAACGUGGAGAAGUGUUUAAAUGUGGCUGUACCUAAAGAUAUUGAAGUUCUACAGUUGUUAAAAGACGCCAGCAUAAAGGCGCCAUCUACAGAAACACACACCAGUAAAUUUGAAUCUCUUGCAAGUCUGAAAGAAAAUAGCAAAGAAGAAGGAAAUGAUUAUUUGAGUGUAACCACAAUGGAAGCGGACCAGAAUGGUAGAUCACCUAUUCUGACAGCAGCUUAUAAGGGUGAUUUAAUGGCUGUGAAAUCUUUACUUGCUAAUGGAACUCAAACUGACCAUCAGGAUAAGUCAGGACAAACAGCGUUGACGUUAGCCGCCCGCCAAGGUCACGCCGAGGUGGUCUCGGUGUUGAUGGAUGCUGGGGCAGAUGUUGAUCACACGGACGUCGAGGGCUGGACUGCCUUGAGGUCGGCGGCUUGGGCCGGACACUCUAAUGUGGUUUCUUUGCUUCUGGAAAAAGGAGCUAAAGUUGAUCAUGCGGAUGCAGAACAAAGAACAGCCUUGCGUGCUGCAUGUUGGGGUGGGCAUGAGGAUAUAGUUCGACUCUUGCUGGAACAUCAGGCGGAUGUCAAUAAAAUGGACCACGAGGGGCGUACAGCUUUGAUCGCUGCAGCAUACAUGGGACACGUCGAGAUCGUUGAACAGUUGCUUGACCAUGGCGCGCAGAUCGACCACGAGGACUGUGACGGUCGCACAGCGCUCAGCGUGGCAUGCCUGUGUGUUCCAGCCAGCGAAGGACACGAAAAGGUUGUGAGUUUGUUACUAGAGAGGGGUGCAGAGGUUGACCAUACUGACAAGGACGGGAGCACACCUUUGUUGGUUGCGGCAUACGAAGGUCAUGUUGGCGUCUGUGAAAUGCUGUUGGAAUGGGAUGCUGACAUUGACCAUGUAGACCAUAAAGGGAUAACACCGUUGUGGGCAGCUACCUCUAUGGGACACGAAGAAGUGGUCAGACAGCUUAUGUUCUGGGGAGCCGCCAUCGACCAUAUCGACCCUGACGGAAGGACGGUUCUCUGCGUGGCUGCAGCUCAAGGAUCAGAGUCAAUAGUGCGUCAGUUUUUGGACCGGGGACUGGAUGAAAUGCACAGAGACAACUCGGGCUGGACACCGCUUCAUUUAGCAGCAUACGAGGGACAUCUCCAGGUGAGUCCAGUCUCUUGUUGUUGUGUACCUGUCUUCUAUUAA